UUUUGGUAUUUAUCUUCACAUUUCCCUUUACGUUUUGCUGUGGCUCCUCAUUUAACCGGAAUUAUUCUGAAACACUUAAAAUACUUGUUGUAACGCAUAAUUGUUGACUAUUUCACUGUUUUAAGAAGAAUAAAGCUUCAGUUCUAGUGAGAAAAAUGUCCAGUCCCGCCAGAUCUACUAGGGGUCGCCGACAGGAUAAUGAUUCGCAAAAUACCCCGAUGAAGCAAACUACAUCAAACCACGAGACGGAAACUCCACUGCGAAUGGGAAGUCGCACACAAGAUGCUAACGUUGUGGUCGAGAGCUCCGAUAACGUAACUGUUCCGACCUCUCCGGCUGUAGGAGGUUCUGGAUCAGGAAUGGCGGCACCAACAAGCCCAUUCACGGCCGUAGGCGGUAGCGCUCCUAUAGGAAUGAGUGAAAUUGACAUAAGUUCUCCAUUGAACUACGGAACCCCGAGCUCUAUGGGUUCAGUUCGUACUCCACGAUCUGGAAUACGGGGCACACCGAUGAGACAGCGUCCGGAUUUACGGAUUGAGCGACGCGUUCGUCAAGUGAAUGUUGGGUCGGAUCAACAACUGGAUCCUAUUCCUGAAGGAAGUUUGCCUUCGGAAACGGAUUCAGCUGCUCAAAGUCAACCUAAGCUUGUCGUAUGGGGAACUAACGUGGUAGUUUCCGAUUGUCUUAAAAAGUUUAAGGACUUUUUGAUGCGUUAUAUCGAUCCAGAUGCGGCUCAAGAUGAAAUCAGUGAAGGCAUGAAUUUGAAUGAGCCGCUAUAUGUACAGAAGUUGGAGGAAAUCCAUACUCUGGAGGAACCCUUCUUGAAUGUAAAUUGUGCCCAUCUGAAAACUUUUGACGAAGGCCUUUAUCGUCAGUUGAUUUGCUAUCCUCAAGAAGUUAUUCCCACCUUUGAUAUUGCUGUGAAUGAGAUGUUUUUCGAAAGAUAUCCGGCAGCUGUUUUGGAGCAUCAAAUCCAAGUGCGGCCGUUCAAUGCUGAAAAAACGCGUAGUAUGCGAGCUUUGAAUCCUGAAGAUAUUGACCAAUUGAUAACAAUUAGCGGAAUGGUUAUUCGGACGUCGAAUAUUAUGCCGGAAAUGCGAGAGGCUUUCUUUAAGUGCAUCGUUUGUAAUUUUAGCACUGUCGUAGAAUUGGAACGUGGUCGCAUUUCAGAACCUACGCUUUGUUCACACUGUAACACCAAUCACUGCUUCCAACUGAUUCACAAUAGAUCUCAAUUCGCCGAUAGACAGAUGGUCAAGUUGCAAGAAGCCCCAGAUGAUAUGGCUGCUGGUCAGACUCCGCACAACGUACUUCUUCUCGCCCAUGAUGAUUUGGUUGAUAAAGUUCAGCCGGGAGAUCGUGUCACUGUUACCGGUGUUUACAGGGCCAUACCGAUUCAGGAAAAUCCUCGACAGCGAUCGGUUAAAUCUGUCUACAAAACGCAUAUUGAUGUUGUCCAUUUCCGCAAAGUUGAUGAAAAGCGUUUGUACGAACAGGAAGACGGCAAAGAUCACAUGUUCCCACCGGAGCGCAUCGAGCUUUUGAAGAAACUGUCCCAAAAGCCAGAUGUUUACGAUCGACUAGUAAAAACCAUUGCGCCCUCGAUUUAUGAAAAUGAUGAAAUUAAAAAAGGUAUCCUACUGCAACUGUUCGGAGGUUCAAAGAAGAAACAGGCAACUUCUGGACGGCGGAACUUCCGUGCUGAAAUUCAUAUUUUGCUAUGUGGUGAACCUGGUACUUCCAAGUCCCAGUUAUUGCAAUAUGUAUAUCAUUUGGUUCCUCGAGCGCAGUACACUUCUGGAAAGGGAUCAUCGGCUGUCGGUUUGACAGCUUAUGUCACAAAAGACCCUGAAACGCGUCAGUUAGUUUUGCAGACCGGAGCUUUGGUUUUGUCUGAUAACGGGGUUUGCUGUAUUGAUGAAUUUGACAAAAUGAAUGAUUCGACUAGAAGCGUAUUACAUGAAGUAAUGGAACAACAAACACUCAGUAUCGCUAAAGCCGGUAUCAUUUGUCAGUUGAAUGCUCGUACAUCUAUUUUGGCUGCAGCAAAUCCCUCAGAAUCACAGUGGAACAAAAACAAAACUAUAAUUGAUAAUGUACAACUGCCACAUACUUUGAUAUCACGGUUUGAUUUGAUCUUCUUGAUUUUGGAUCCACAUGAUGAGGUGUUUGAUCGGAGAUUGGCUGCACAUUUGGUAUCACUAUACUAUGCCACUAAAGAAGACGAUGAGGACAAUUUGUUUGAUAUGAGCGUUCUGAGGGAUUAUAUUGCGUAUGCCAAAGAACACAUCAAUCCAGUGUUGUCGGAAGAAGCCCAACAGAGACUGAUUCAAGCGUAUGUUGACAUGCGAAAAGUUGGUGCAGGUCGUGGCCAAAUCUCAGCCUACCCACGUCAACUGGAGAGUUUGAUUCGACUUGCCGAAGCGCAUGCCAAGGUGCGGCUUAGUGAAGUUGUCGAAGUAGUAGAUGUUGAAGAAGCCUGGCGUCUACAUCGGGAAGCACUAAAGCAGUCCGCCACUGAUCCAUUGUCCGGUAAAAUUGAUGUCGGUAUUCUUACGACGGGCCUUUCAAGCGCAGCCAGGAAGAAGCGGGCAGAACUUGUGGCUAGUAUAAAAGAAAAUCUUAAAGUUAAAGGUAAAAUUUCAACUCUUCCUUACCAAAAGUUGUUCGGAGAGAUCAAAGAAGCAUCACAAGUGCUGGUAACAAAAGAACAGUUCGAAGAUGCUCUAAAAGAGUUGCAAGACGAAGGAAUAAUUGUUAUUGUUGGUAAUAACACCAUUAGAAUAUGUUAAGGUAAGCUCCGGACAAGAGCUGCAUUGGAAAGGUACCUUUUACGUUUUUACUUUUAUUUUUUUUACAAUACACUGUAGAAUUCUGUAAGGAAUCGAUAAAUUAGAUGACAAUCAAAAAAAAAAAAAAAAUAUAGGUAUU